UCACAUUUGGCAAAUUCUAGCGAGCGCGCGAUGGAGCGCGCGAUGGAGCUGGCCGUGAGGGGAAUCGGGAUCAUCCCCGCCUGUCGUACGCAUCUGGCUCGGAGGCGCUCAGGUGGUGAUUUCUCGUGGCUUCAGAUCAUGCUGGCCCUCGUCGCCAUUCUUGCAGCCGCCAUGCUCGCCAUGGGUAUCUCGAUGACUGUCCAGCUCCGCAAGGAAAAGGAGAAGCCGAUCAGGGUCGUCGUGGUGGGGGCAAGCGGCUUCCUCGGCUAUCACCUUGCUCUGGGUUUGCAGGGAAAUGAGAAGCCCAAGGUCCGUGUUGUGGGGAUCGAUGCCAGACACACCGAGAGAUCCAGGCUGCUUGACAAGGCUGGAGUGCACAUGAUCUACGGGAAUGUGACUGCCAAGGAUCUGGUCGCCAACGUGGUCAAGCUUGCCAGGCCCCAGGAUUUCUCACAGCAGGAGCAUGCCUACUGCCUGCCCAUCAACCAGCGCACUCUGGGCGGGACCAUCGACGCAGCCACGACGAGCGACUCUGUGCGUGGUGUCUUCUUUGCCAGCCCCAACCGCUUCUACAUGCCGUCGUCUCGAUCGGGGGAAGAACUUGCAGCUCUCAAGGCGGGUUAUCUUCAUCUUGAAGAUAACUACAUCUACAUCUUCCUGUUAUCGAAUGGCGAUUUAGUACUGUUUAUGGAGAGUUCGGACGGCCUGAUUUCCCGUAUUUCAAGUUUGCCGAACAGAUUGUUGGCGGGCAGAAGGUCCCUCUUUGGCGGCAGAGGAUCGGAAACCAGAACUACAUCCACGUCGAUGAUGCUGUGAAAGUCAUGAAACAGAUGGUGUUGGGAAUCGCUCAAGUUCCCGGUGUUGUCACUGUGGUGGACAUCGGCACUCCAGAGCCACCUCUAUCGUUCAGGCAAGUGAUCGAGGUCGUUUCCAGGUUGACAGGCAAGGAGGCAUUGGUCGAGGAGGCGGACAACCUGAAUCCGCCACCAUGGGAAGUUUCUUACGUUGCUCCUACUCAGCUCUAUCUGUUGGAUCACUACAUCAGCUUUGACACGGGGAUGAGGCGUUUUCUGGAGUGGUAUGAACAGCGGAAAAAGAGGGCUGCGUUUGUGCUUCAGUCGCUCAAUCAAACCAAGGUUUGACUGUUCUACUAAGUUCUACUCUGAGAGAACGUCUGAGAGAGAGAGAGAGAGGCUCCUUUCCAAAGCCAGUUUUGACUCGUUACAAAUAAAAAUGACGUAUUCCUUUUC